GUCGUCGAUUUGGGUGAAAAGUAAUAGUUGAUAAUGCUUUGAACGACUUCUGCCUCUUGUAUGCAUACGCCACUGGAUCAUGCCAAAAGGCACUGAAAGCCUUCUGGGUGACAUGUGCUCCGGAUCCUCUUCGUCUGAUUUUAACGAUACUGUCGAACCGGCAGUACGGCUCAUCCGUCCAAAGGGUACGAACCAAGCAUGCCGUUUCUCUCCCAAUCAUGCCCACCUUCCUCUACAAAUUCCCUCCCUGAUGCAACUCUCUCUGAUAAGCCAUACCACUCGAUUCGAGCUUCCGCGGAAUGAGCGACACGCCUAAUUGCGGGCGUAAAGAUGAAAGUUUCUGGGGUGCGAGAAAGAGAGGGAGAGGCCCCGGUCUUGACCUUCUUGCCGUGUCGCUAUGCGAGCACGCAGGCAUACAAGACCUCCUUCUCGAUCGCCCCAAAACCGCCCAAUCCACGUUCAUUUAUGUCGGUCUUCAGCCCCUGCAAUGCGCACACAAACAUGCGCCCCCGAAAUCGUCUCCGCAAGCGCAACCCCAAGGCCCACGCCGAGCCCACAUCGUCCUUCAGCCGUCUUCCACAGGAACUGCAAGACCUCAUCUGGCUCUGGGCCCUCUACAUCACCACUCCACCCAUCCUCACUCUGCGCGUCUCGGGAUGUCGCUCGCCCCGUCUCCUACCCCCGGCCCCCCUCGCCAUAUUUCACGUCAGCUUCAAAGUACGUGAACUGCUGCUCCGCGCAGCCGUAAAGACGAACUGCUUUCAUUCGAUCCAAGACCGACAGCAACGAGACCAAUGGGUGUACUUCAACCCACGCUGCCAAAUCCUAGAGCUCCACGCGGAAGAGCGGUUCCUCGAGCGGGUCUUCGGAUUGAGUCCGCAACUUGCGGACAUGACAGCAAUAUUGAAGGCGAAGCUGCCCACGUUAGCUAAGGAGGUGCGAUAUCUGCACGGCUGUGUGUCUCUAAACUCCAAGACAUGUCCGACCCCAGCCUGCGCAGCAGCCGCAACGGCGUUAAAAAGCCUGGUUACGUGCUCGGUAUCCAGGAUUCCGCUGCAGAAACUGCACGACAGCGGACGCUCGUGGACCUUUUCGGAAAUUUCGCUCCGGCCGUGUCUCCACGGUUCCCUUCGGACCCUCAACAAUGCCAUUAACCCCGCUCUUCCAACACCGUACGACAGAAGACUUUGGCGCCUAUCGUGCGAGUUGCGGAACUACCACUUCGGCUACGCGCCCCGCAAUUGGCGGGACCAAUUAUUAAAGCACGCCGUCGGCGGUGCGCUGAUCAACUACGUGUGUGUCUGCUCCGAGAGUCCAGCGCUUGCUUCCGAUGUUGUGGAGCUGAUUCCAGGCGUCAAGGAAGCUGGCGGCGAGCUGCUGAUACCGGUUAAACGGUGGAAGUACUCGAUCGGGCGAUAUGAAUGGCUCUCCGAAGGAAAAGGAAUGAGCAAGGAUGCGCAAAUAUUUGGAAUCGAGAGAGACACGUAUGGACAGGUGAGGCUGAGAGUGUUGCGCCGGUCGAGAAUCGAGUUACCGUUCAAAGAGGCGGAGGUCAUGCAGGAUGUGUUCCAAGGGCGACCGGUUUACGCUAACGGCUAUUAAUUGAGUGCGAGUGCGGCGUCGAGUGUCGGCAUACGUACGCGGUUCCCACUAGCAUCGGUCUUUUUGUGGGUGCGCUGGAGAAAAGCAUAGUAAUGGCUGUGUGACUUUGUUAGUCCUGUGGAACACCUAUGAAAGUAGAGCGAACGUAGACGGAGGAUUAUCACGGAUAUCGAUUCCUUUGUAUAUCGACGGCGACG